AGCACCCCUUAACUCUAAUUGCCUUCUUUUUGAUUUCCAUUAUCUCAACGUACCAUCUCCACGAGGUCUAUGGUUGCAGCGCUGGGUGUUUCUGCAAGCUGCUGCCGCCAUCGCUGCGUGGAAAGUAGCACCAUAUCCUUCUAGUACCGAGCCACCAUGCUCCGGCACUUUAGUCGCCAAUACGCACCGAAGGUGGAGUUCAUCUCACCGAAGCCGACGGCGCCAAUUGAAAAUUUUGACUUGCAACCGAUAUCUCCAUCUCUGCUGUACCGCAAGCUGCUAAAGCUUUACUUGCGUAAGUUUGACACCGACACCAACACCAUCGUUCGUGCAUGGAAGCAGACGAAGUACGAGUUCUGGGUCCACCGCAGCGCCAACCCGGAGGAAGCUGACCUGCUAAACAUCAAAGGUCAACAGAUUCUCGAGGCAAUUCGCGCUGGUUUGGUCCCUGUCUACCACAACUCGAAGACGAAUCAAACAUACUACAAAUACGACGCCGACACCCUCAGCGCCGUGCACAACCACGUCGAUCCCGUGAGUGCAGAGGAGUUUGUGCGCCGCUUCCACGACCGCAUGGAUCCCAAGGACGUGGAGGAAAUUAAGGCAACGCUCAAAAAGUUAGGUCGCUGGACCGGACCGGACGAGCUGCGCAAGGAGGAUCUCGUUAAGCUGAAAACGAAACGCAAGGUCAAGUGCACCGAUUCUGACGAGUAG